CUUCUUUGAAAUGGACAUUCCUAAAAUAGAUAUCUACCAUUAUGAGUUGGAUAUAAAGCCAGAAAAAUGCCCUAGAAGAGUUAACAGGUAAUACUAUGUGUUGCCUUUCCUCCGUUUAUUUCUGUUCUUGUUUUCAUUUGAAAAUGCUGGAGCCACAUGCCAGUUUUCCUUGACAGCUCUGGAGGAUGCAUCUAUCUUUAUUUAUUGUUUGUACUGAUAGCUUCCAGCUUGGCAUAUCCAUCAGCUGGCAUAAUUUCUCAGACUUUUGUUUCUCCAGGUCUUUCUGUACCAACCCAGAUUCUUCAAGACUUUUGUGCUGAGGAUCCUUUAUUUUGCACGAAGUCCGUAGUGUCUUAAAAAGCUGCUGAUCAAAGCUACUGGGGACAUCGGGAUAAACUGUAUUAACUCUAGUAGAGUUAGCUCAGUAUAUGCCAGCUUGAUGAAUAUGGUUCUUAAUAGUGCUUGGUUAAAUACUGGAGUGGAAUCAGCUGACAAGCCCUUCAGCUCUGUUGCCAGCUUGUUUUCCUGUCUUGCCCUAUUGACAAGGGGAGAGGUAAACCCAUGUGUUUGUGCUGCUGCGAGAAGGUCUUGAACUGAAUUAGAGAAAUAGUGGAGCAUAUGGUUCAGCACUUUAAAACACAGAUUUUUGGGGAUCGCAAACCAGUGUUUGAUGGAAGAAAAAAUCUUUAUACAGCCAUGCCGCUUCCCAUUGGGAGAGAUAAACAGGUGGAGUUGGAGGUCACGCUGCCAGGAGAAGGGAAGGACAGAAUAUUUAAGGUGGCUAUAAAGUGGAUGUCCUGUGUGAGUUUGCAGGCUUUACAUGAUGCUCUUUCUGGUCGGCUGCCAAGUGUCCCAUUUGAGACCAUCCAGGCACUGGAUGUAGUCAUGAGGCACUUGCCUUCCAUGAGAUAUACGCCUGUGGGACGAUCUUUUUUUACAGCAUCGGAAGGGUGCUCAAAUCCAUUAGGUGGUGGCAGAGAAGUUUGGUUUGGGUUUCAUCAAUCAGUCAGACCUUCAUUAUGGAAAAUGAUGUUAAAUAUUGAUGUAUCUGCGACCGCAUUUUACAAAGCACAGCCAGUUAUCGAAUUUGUAUGUGAAGUUUUGGACUUCAAAAGUAUUGAAGAACAACAGAAACCUCUGACAGAUUCCCAAAGGGUAAAGUUUACCAAAGAAAUAAAAGGUCUAAAGGUGGAGAUAACACACUGUGGACAAAUGAAAAGAAAGUACAGAGUGUGCAAUGUCACCAGACGACCAGCAAGUCACCAAACAUUCCCACUUCAGCAGGAGAAUGGACAAACAGUUGAAUGCACUGUAGCUCAGUAUUUUAAGGACAGGCACAAGUUAGUUCUACGCUAUCCUCACCUUCCAUGUUUACAAGUCGGACAGGAGCAGAAACACACGUACCUUCCUCUUGAGGUGUGCAACAUAGUGGCAGGACAAAGAUGCAUAAAGAAACUGACGGACAAUCAAACUUCCACUAUGAUUCGGGCAACUGCCAGAUCAGCACCUGACCGCCAAGAAGAGAUUAGCAAAUUGAUGCGGAGUGCAAGUUUUAAUACUGACCCUUAUGUUCGCGAAUUUGGAAUAAUGGUCAAAGAUGAGAUGACUGAUGUGACUGGUAGAGUCCUACAGCCUCCCUCAAUCCUCUACGGAGGCAGGAAUAAAGCAAUUGCCACACCAGUUCAAGGUGUCUGGGACAUGAGGAAUAAGCAGUUUCACACUGGAAUUGAAAUAAAGGUUUGGGCAAUUGCAUGCUUUGCUCCCCAACGCCAAUGCACUGAAGUUCAUCUUAAGUCCUUCACAGAACAGCUGAGGAAGAUUUCAAGAGAUGCGGGAAUGCCAAUCCAGGGGCAACCUUGCUUCUGUAAAUACGCCCAGGGAGCCGACAGCGUGGAACCCAUGUUCAGGCACCUGAAAAACACUUAUACUGGGCUGCAGCUCGUUGUCGUAAUUUUGCCGGGGAAAACGCCAGUCUACGCGGAGGUGAAGCGUGUUGGCGACACUGUGCUGGGAAUGGCUACGCAGUGUGUUCAGAUGAAAAACGUACAGAGAACGACACCGCAAACUCUGUCUAACCUUUGCUUAAAAAUAAAUGUCAAAUUAGGAGGCGUAAAUAAUAUUUUACUGCCACAGGGAAGACCACCAGUAUUUCAGCAGCCUGUCAUAUUCCUUGGUGCAGAUGUAACUCAUCCGCCAGCUGGGGAUGGAAAAAAGCCUUCCAUUGCUGCAGUUGUAGGGAGCAUGGAUGCUCAUCCUAAUCGAUACUGUGCCACUGUCCGGGUCCAGCAGCACCGCCAAGAAAUCAUCCAAGAUUUGGCUGCCAUGGUCAGAGAGUUGCUUAUUCAGUUUUACAAAUCAACCAGAUUUAAACCAACUCGAAUUAUUUUCUACAGAGAUGGUGUUUCUGAGGGCCAGUUCCAACAGGUUCUCCAUCAUGAAUUGCUGGCUAUUAGAGAAGCAUGCAUUAAGCUAGAAAAGGAUUACCAGCCUGGAAUUACGUUUAUAGUUGUGCAGAAAAGGCAUCACACCAGACUCUUCUGCACAGAUAAAAAUGAACGGGUUGGAAAGAGCGGAAACAUUCCAGCAGGUACCACAGUGGACACAAAAAUCACCCAUCCGUCAGAGUUUGACUUUUACCUGUGUAGUCAUGCCGGUAUUCAGGGAACAAGCAGACCUUCUCAUUACCACGUCCUCUGGGAUGACAAUCGUUUCUCUUCAGACGAACUGCAGAUCCUUACCUACCAGUUGUGUCACACGUAUGUACGCUGUACUCGUUCCGUUUCAAUCCCUGCACCAGCAUACUACGCGCACCUGGUUGCCUUCAGAGCCAGGUAUCAUCUGGUGGAUAAAGAACACGAUAGUGCUGAAGGAAGCCACACUUCUGGUCAGAGUAAUGGCAGAGAUCAUCAAGCACUUGCUAAAGCAGUUCAAGUUCAUCAGGACACAUUGCGCACUAUGUACUUUGCUUGACAUGUUUUAAUGUUUAGCGACUCAGUACAAUACAGAGUUGGAUUCACACGAGACCAGCUGCACUUAGACCAACAGUUGCCCAAGCUACAGUGACAGCCAGCAAUGAGUGAUGCAUCUUAAUUUUUUUUUCCCGUUUGCAAGAAAGCCUUCCGUCCAGAAUUUCAGACUUGAUUAUGAACUGCAUUCUUCUACAAAACCUCACAAUUUUUGGAAAUGUGGUUUGCCAAAAUCUCUAAGCUGCUUGUUAUAAAACAGACCCAUAUUUUAUAUUAAAUCAAGAGCUGUGAUCUCAGGGCUUAGGGAAACUCCCCCCCCCCCCCAAAAAAAAAAAAAAACCUCUUCUUUCAGCUUGCUUUUCAUUUUAAUUGCUUUUAAGAAUUUGGAAAGAUCUAAUUCACACUAAAGUUGAUGGGCUACAAUGCUGUGAACUAGCUUUUAAUACAAAGGAAAGCAAAACGUUUUUUGACUAUUUAUGCCUUGAUUAUUCUAGAUGCAUUUACAAAAUUUUUAUUUUCAAAAGGAAGAAGUGACAAAAUUCUGGUUUUCAACUGUCUUAAAAAGAUUAUUCUCUGUGUGUCUAAGGGCAAACGUAUUUUCUGAAGCUUGUUCUUGAAUGUUUUUUAUUGUGCUGCAUUUAAAAAUGUUUUUAAUAGACUAAAUAUGAAAUUUAAAAAAAGGAGAAAAAAAAAAAAAAGAACUUGUACUUAAACUUUUAAUAGGUCCAGUUAGAUUGGCAAAAGAAAAGGUGCCAUUUAAAAAAAAUUUGUAAAGAAUUUUUUUUUCUUUUUAAUCAUACUGACAGCUAAUUUUAGGAUUUGUCAUACAGGACUGUGACACUUACUUUCCAAAGUCUCUAAAGAAUACGGGUCUGUGGUGAUAAAUACAGUACAAUCCUUUUUCACUGUUAUGUUUGAAUUAAUGUAAAUUUUAUAUAUGUUUCACAGUAUUAAUGUGAUAGACUAGAUGCUAUUAUUUAUUUUUUAUUUACUAAGGAGUGCUCAUUAUACUUCUGUUAACAUAUCAAGAAUGCUUUGGAUUUAGAAAUUAAAACCUUACUGUGGGGACAUGGCUGGUUCAAACGCAGAAAUAUGCAAGCGACCUUGACGUGAGAGUUCAGCGAUACGGACAGUGCAUGGCGGUAGGGCUCGUAGCUUGUAGCAAGGCUUUUUAUGCGCGCGCGCGCUGUGGCGGGUUUUUUACCCUGUGCCGUUCGGAGACGCACGCGCGAGACCAACGUUCUGCAUUCGCUCGAGCACAAAACAAGUCGCGUUUAAUUUCUGCGUUGAUUCCUGGUGAAGCAGGCGCCCCAGCGGAGGAGGGUGGGUCACCCUUUGUAACGCAGACCCGAGUCGGAGAAUCUAUGCAGUAAAGACAAACCUUAGGAAACUCGAGUUUACUUACGAAGGGGGGCGAAGCUCUCUUCGUUAUGCAUGAGGUCAAGAGGAAACGCGAGUUUGGCCGUUCUCUUAGGAGAAGCAUUAAUUCAAACCGGUGAUUCUUAACGCAGACGCUUCCAUUAGUUUGCACACUGGGUCCCUAACAAACUGUAACGCAGAGGUAAACCAUUGCACUAAUCGUGAUGCCGCGGGCUGGCUUAGAGGAGACCGGAACAAGCCCAGGAGCCUGGUCGACGCUGACUUGGUUUCGUCUGUUUUUCGUAGGGUAGCUGAAAUCCCUGUUCAGAGGCACGCUUUUUGAGUUGGGUUCUCUUCCGCCGAUUUGGUUUGCUUUCUCUUUUCUCCCAGCAGAUGCUCAGCCGCUGUUCUGAGUACGUUUACCUCUAGCCGCGGAGCUGGGCAAAGAGCCUGAAGCGAUACCGAGGUCUGUGCCACGUAGUGGAUAGGUGAGAACUGGUUGCUCUUGAAUAAGCUAGAAAAUGCCCACUUUUGCUGCCUAAAAGCUUUAGGUACGUAGCUUUGUGCAGGUUCAGCUCUUCACCCUGUAGCGCAAGUGUCUUGCGUGUCGUCGUUGUUUAGCUGAAAUAACAAUGUCAAUUCUAUUAACAGAGUAAAUGUAUUAUUCUUCUUAUCGAUUAGGUUUGUUGGGUCAGAGUUUCUUCUUGGUCGUAGUUAGGUAAAUCCAGAUUUAACAUUAUGCUGGUGUAACAGAAAGCAAAGUCCGGGUCGCGCUUCUGCCUUUCUGUUUUCCGGCCAGGCUGCACAUAACCCCCUUAAAAUACUGCUAAGCUGCAAAAGCUUUUCCGGAACAGAUAAAUUGUACUUCUUUGUGUGUUUGCUCGGGAGGUUUCAGAAUUCAGCGAGGAUCUUAAUUUGGCAAAGUUUUAUAUAUGAUUUUUUUUUUUUUAACCAAUUAUUCUUAGCAAAAUAGGAAGAUGAUCAGCCAUUUUACAGCUCUGUUUCUUUUAUUUGCUCGUCAUUUAGGCAGGGACCUCUUGGAUGUGAAAUUCGUCCUCCUCUUUCCGCAAACCGGCAACUGAAAUGCUUUUAUAUAGGCGGUGAGAGAGGGGAGGAGGACGGAUCCCAAACCUUAUCUCAGAAGCGGGCUGCUGAGCUUUGGUUGUACCCUAUUUUGGAGGUAUUCUCUGGGCUGGAAUAGGUGUUGCAGCUCCUUUGGUGAGAAGAGGAGCAUUACGCAGACCCUUGAUCUGAGCUUGGCUCUACACCCUGUUGGGAUGAGGAGAAACUUUGCGUAGCUUGCUUUCCCAGAGUACAAAGAAGUUGGGAUGCAGUUCAGAUUCCGGAUAUUUUUGCAGCUUUUUUAAGCCUGUAGCACUGUUAACUCUUUAGCUUUGAUU